AUGCCUUUGCCGCCUUUGGAAGAAGCCCCGCGCUCCAUGACGCGUCGUAAUUAUCUCGUGGAGCGCAACCGCCUGCGCGUUAGUGCGUAUGCGCCAACACGCAGGGAACUGGAGGAGGAAGACAUUCGCAUGGCGCAGACGCGUGAGGAGCGGCGCAGGAAUAUGCUCAACAGCUGGAAGAGCCAGUCCAUGUAUAACCCCGACCUCACACGGCCAUUGCCUGGGGGCGGGCCACGCUCCAAACGCAUGAAGGAGGCCGCCACACUUAAGAACCCAAAUUACUACAAGAUUGUAAAGGAGGAGGAAGCCCAGCUCAAGGCGGAACGCACUGCGAUGUACAGGGCCGAUGUGUUGCAGCAGCUGAAGGACCGAGAGGAAUACCUCCGCAAGUGGCGAGAGGAUGAGAAGGCGUAUGUCAGUUCACUGGUGGAAUCAAACAAGGAGCAGGCGCGCAAGUUGGAGGAGCGCGAGCGUGAGGAGGCCCGGGCCGAAAAGGAGUACAUGAAUCGCAUGCGGGAAAGUAACCUGAGGGAGUUGGAGCAGAAGCGCAUGAAAGAGCGGGAGCGUGAAGAGUAUGAACUUUCCCUCAUUCGUACUGUGCAGGCGCGUGAGAAGGAAAAGGCUGAGACGGAGGAGCGUCGCGCAAGGGACAUGAAACAAAUGAUGCGGAGGGAAAAUGAGGAAUAUCAUCGUAGCAUCAAGAAGAAGCAGAAGGAGGACAAGGCACGCGAAGAGGCGGAGUUGAAGGCCAUACUGGAAUACAACGCCACCCUCGCGGAGCGUGAGCGACAGGAGCAGAAGCAGAGGCGAGAUCAAUACAAGGCGGAAUUCGAAGAGACCAUUGAAAAACAAAAGGAGUUUUUCCGCACCCACAAUUACGAUGAGCCCCCCGAGUCCAUUCGCGAGCGGAAUGAAAAGGCGGCCGCAGCGUUGGCACUUAUUAAGAAGGAGGAGCGGCUUCGACUGGCAGACCGCCGUCGGGAAUAUCGCCAAGAGUUAAUGCAGCAAAUACGUGAGAAGCAGGAAUGGCAACUGACACACAUUGAUGGAGUGUAG